GCUGUAGUAGGAGUAGCUCGUGCGGUAAUGUGGUGGGUUCCGGGAUCGCCUGUUUACUGCAAGUUGGUGAACUGUAGUAAGGAGAAGGCGGCAGUCGAGGGUAGCCCGGACGCCAACCUGGGGACGCUGGGGUCGCUCAAGAAGCGUCAAGUCGUCAACGUUCUCGCAGCGUUCAUCGAGGACGGCCUGUUUCCGAUCGACCCGAAGCGAGUGCCGGCCUGCAUCAACGGUGAGCUUGAGCUUCCUCUGAUCAACGAGUUUUGUACACCUUUCGCAGCCAAGCAACGGCGUCUUUCUCCGGAAGAACGACGCAUGAUCAGGGCAGAGAUUCAGCAGUUGGUAGACCGAGGAGUGAUCCGUCAAUCCAUGUCUGCUUGGGCUGCCCAGUGCUUGUGCGUCAAGAAAAAGGAUGGUACGCUGCGACUGUGCAUCGACUGGCGUGAACUCAACAAACUCUUGGUCUCCGAUAGUGGGGGUUUGGCUGACAUGCAGACGAUAUUCGACGGGUUGAAGGGCAAGAAGUAUUUCACUCAGGUAGACCUCGCCUCCGGUUUUCACCAGAUGGAAAUUGCCGAGAAAGACCGUUACAAGACGGCCUUUCGAGAUGCGGAUGGAAUGCUUUGGGAAUUUACGCGCGCGGGUUUCGGCCUGACGGUGCUUCCGGCGGCCUUUACUCGUAGAGUGAAAUCGGCUCUGGGGCAUCUAGCAGGCGUGUUUAGCUGGCUUGACGACAUUCUCAUCGCUAGCGACUCAUGGCAAGAACAUCUCGCCACUCUGACGCUCGUUCUGAACCGCCUUCUGGCUGCGGGGCUAUCCGAAUUCCUCGGCAUGAUCAUCGACAGCACGGGUCUGUACCCUGCUCCGUCUAAGCUAGAUGCAAUCGCACGCAUGCCUCGCCCACACACCGUAGAAGAGCUGCGCACGUUUUUGGGUCUUACCGGUUACUUUCGUCAGGUUGUACCCAACUACAGUUUGACUGCGGCUCCGCUCACCAACAUCCUGCGCAACAAAGCCUUCGCUUCGAAACGUGCACGCAAGCUUCAUAUCCCGUGCACGCUGGGUGUAGGAGCUUCGCUUAUGCAGACAAUCGAUGGUGUCACCAGAGCGGUGGCGUUCGCGAGCCACCGGUUUUCACAAACCGAUGCUAGACGCGGGCCCACGGAACGAGAGUGCAUGGGGGUCCUCUGGGCGGUAGACCACUUCAGGCCGUACCUAGCGGGUAGACGGUUCAAACUGGUCACAGACUGUUCUGCCCUCACAUGGUUGUUCCGAAGCCGUGAACUCUGCCCCAAGCUGCACAGGUGGGCGCUGCGGCUGAUGGAGUACGACAUGGAACUGGAAUGGAAGGCGGGGGUAGAGCACGUAGUGCCCGAUGCUUUGUCCCGGUUGCCUGUGGCGAACCCGGUAGAGGUCGACGUCGACGAUUCGUUUCCGGAUGAUCUGUCGUGCGCUGCAGGCACUGCGGUAGAGAUUUUAGGACCGGAGUUGAAGGGUGUAAGGCUGGCUGAGUUGGACCCUGUGCAGGUAGACCAGGUAGGCGAUGCUGACUCCCAACCCUCUCACCCCACUCCGGAGGGGGCCGACUUCCAUCUGUCCGCCCUUCGAGCGUUGCCUUUCGCUGCAUGUGCGGCUGUAGACCAUGAGCCUGAUGCCCCCCGCCGCAGCGGCCGGACCCGUACCCCUUCGGUACGAUUACGACCGAUCGGCGACGCGCAGCUGCCCCCGACAAGUGUGCUGGAGGCCCUCCCGGACAGAAAGGUAAUCGGCCCCGCCGCGGUGCAAGCCUCAUCUCCAGCGCCGUCGCCAUCAACACUGCCGCCGUCCCCCGUUAGUCCUGGCGACGACGACAUCGGUGAGGUGCUGGCGGCACGGGGGGAGGUUACGACGUCGUCGUCGAGCCACGCGUUGGAUGGAGCAUCAGCCAUCGAUCUGACAGCACGAGUGCU